UGGUGCGGAGGCUACAUAUAUCAAAAAUCAAUGAGUUAGCUCAUUGAUUAUAGGUGACAUACAGGUGAAAUAUAGCGCGUAGCGGCAACCGGAUUAACUAUUUGCAUCUUGAGCGCGACGUGCAGCAACUUGAACUAAGUUGAAGGUGUAAAGCAUGUAAAGGCUCGCUCUACGCCAGAUGGUCGGAGUUCUAUGUACCUGACUCAUCCGAGAUCAUCGUGGGUUUUGCGCAUUCCCAUUCAAAUCAACGGACCGUUGUCCUAUCAUUUAUGUUUGAACACGCUGCUAUGCUAUAGUCGUUCUUACCUCCCCCUACCUUCAUCAGUGCGUUUGAACAUCAUCAUGUCAAACUUGCCCGAACCUCCUCCAUCAUUGAAUGAGAAGCUGACGGCCAGGAAAGUGUUCCAAGUCAUCGGCGCUGGUAUCUUUCUCCUCGCUCAGAUCAUCUAUACUAUCAGCAUUGCAGUCAUUUUUACCCAUCUUGGCUCUACCAUUCCAACACUGAAGCCAUUUGCCGACUAUGCGGCUUUCUAUACACUCGGGGCAAGGACGGUCAUUUUCGUAGCCGUGUUCUUUUUUGGAUGCUGUUGGUGCAUAGUUCGACUGGUGGCACCAAAGCGGGCGGGAAGCAUUAUCUCCGAGUGGAAUGUUAAAGCACAAGCGCCCUUGAGCUUGGAGCCAAGCAACGAAAAACUUGGCAGGUCGUGGAGAAUAUAUUUCGCUAGCAUGGGCGCAUUCAACAUCUGCAAUGGAUUGAGACUUAUCUUCCGCUCAUGGAAAAACCCCGAUGCCAGCACGUCCGACUUGUUGACUGGAAUUAUGGUCCUCAUUCUUGCCGCUUGGUCGUUCCACGUUGCCUACACAGGAAGGUUGCCAAGACACAGGGGCAAGAACAUGACUUUGGGCACCCAUGUCAGCCAGUCUGAAGCAGAUAAGGUCACUCCAAGUGAAUAUAAAGACGACACAAUCACGACUUAAUGAGUUGAAUAUUGCAUGCACGAGAAAUUGAGGAUAUGACAACGUAGUGGCAAGUUGUCAUCUCUCAAAGUUUCAUUGUGUGGAAUUGACAAUUCCACCAGGAAUGCUUUGAUACGUACACAUAUCUCAUAUG